CAAAAAGUUUGGAAUCAUUCGUUUUCUGUGUCUUAUCGCGAGAGCACGCGAGAGUGUUACCUGAAACAAAAACAAAAUUUUCUCAAAUUGAAAAAUGGCUUCUAAAACAAGUGGAAAAGCAGAGAAGAAGUCUGGUAAGGCUCAGAAGAGUAUUUCCAAAUCUGACAAGAAGGUGAGGCGUAAGAAGAGGAAGGAGAGCUACGCAAUGUACAUUUACAAAGUUUUGAAACAAGUGCAUCCCGACACUGGAGUUUCCAGUAAGGCAAUGACUAUCAUGAACAGUUUCGUUAAUGAUAUUUUCGAGAGAAUUGCUGCUGAGUCUUCACGUUUGGCGCACUACAAUAAGAGAUCAACUAUUACAUCUCGGGAAAUUCAAACAGCAGUGAGACUUCUUCUUCCUGGUGAACUUGCGAAACACGCCGUUUCCGAAGGUACAAAAGCCGUGACAAAAUACACCAGCUCCAAAUAAAUUGAGAAAAAAAAUCUUUUGGAAACAUAUCAAUCGGCCCUUUUCAGGGCCAA